AUGAAUGUUUUCAAGCUAGCCAGGAAAUACCCCGAUCUCGGGCAGGAGGGUGUAAUGAAACUCCAGGAUACGUUUCUUCGUACAGAUACCGAGGAACGAGGUUACCUCGAUGAGGCAACCGCGAUCAAGGCUGCUCAAGACCUCGAACGGAAAUCUUACGAUGUUGUCAGAGCUACAUUGAAGCAAGUGGAGCUGGACAGUAGUAGAAGAGUGGAACUUGAUGAUUUUGUGGAUCUCAUUGCCAAACUUCGCAUUAAUGACUCAGCGAAACCUGCCGGCCCUCAGGUUUCACAUGCCAGAACUGGGUCCAAAGGUGGUGGACAGAUCAAGAUGGGAGGCUCAACUGGAUCUUCAACUCAUACAAUCAAUGAAGAUGAGAGAUCAGAAUUCACAAGGCAUAUAAAUGCUGUUUUGGCGGGGGAUACAGACAUUGGCGAUCGUUUGCCCUUUGACACUGAUACAUUUCAGAUGUUUGAUGAAUGUAAAGAUGGUCUUGUGCUUGCUAAGCUUAUCAAUGACUCCGUCCCUGACACGAUCGAUGAGCGUGUUCUUAACCGUACCAAUGCACGCACCAAAAAGCUCAACCAGUUUCAUAUGACUGAAAACAACAACAUUGUCAUCAACUCUGCUAAGGCUAUUGGAUGCUCUGUCGUCAAUAUUGGGUCUGGUGAUAUCAUUGAGGUCAAGGAGCAUUUGAUUCUCGGAUUGAUCUGGCAAGUGAUUAGAAGAGGUCUCUUGGGAAAGAUUGAUAUCAAAUUACACCCGGAGCUCUAUAGGUUGCUGGAGGAUGAUGAGACUCUUGAACAGUUUUUGAGACUGCCACCAGAACAGAUUCUCCUGAGGUGGUUCAACUACCAUCUUAAAGCAGCGAAAUGGGAGAGGAGGGUUACGAACUUCAGCAAAGACGUCUCAGAUGCCGAGAAUUAUACUGUGCUCCUGAAUCAGCUUGCCCCGGAGGAGUGCUCGCGGAAUCCCCUACAAACUCGUGAUCUCCUACAACGCGCUGAACAGGUACUCGAGAAUGCCGACAAACUUGGUUGCCGCAAGUUCUUGACCCCGAAAUCUCUUAUUGCUGGUAACCCUAAACUUAACUUGGCUUUUGUGGCUCAUCUCUUCAACACCCACCCCGGCCUUGAUGCUAUUACCGAGGAGGAAAUGCUUGAAGUUGAAGAUUUUGAUGCCGAGGGCGAACGUGAAGCUCGUGUCUUUACUCUGUGGCUGAAUUCUCUUGACGUUCAGCCUGCGGUCAACUCGCUCUUUGACGACCUCCGGGACGGAACUAUUCUUCUUCAAGCAUACGAUAAAGUUAUCCCAGGCUCAGUCAACUGGCGUCAUGUGAACAAAGCUCCAGCACAUGGAGGAGAACUUAUGCGAUUUAAGGCCGUCGAAAAUACCAACUACGCCGUGGAGCUUGGCAAGAACAAUCGAUUCUCGCUUGUCGGAAUACAGGGCGCAGACAUCACGGAUGGGCAACGAACAUUGACACUUGCGAUCACUUGGCAGCUUAUGAGACGUGAUAUCACUCGCACCUUGCACGGCCUUGCGCAAAAGGUUGGCGUUAGUGAGAUCACAGAUUCUUACAUGCUCAAGUGGGCCAAUGAUAUGGCGCGUAAGGGUGGCAAAGCCGGUAACAUCAGGAGCUUCAAGGACCCAAGCAUGGGGACUGGUGUGUUUUUGCUUGAUGUCCUGAAUGGAAUGAAGAGUAAUUAUGUCGAUUACUCGCUUGUCACGGACGGGAGGACCGAUGAGAAUGCAUACCUGAACGCGAAGCUGAGUAUCUCUAUUGCAAGAAAGAUGGGCGCUACUAUCUGGCUUGUCCCCGAGGACAUUGUUGCUGUUCGUUCGAGGUUGAUUGUCACUUUCUUGGGUAGUUUGAUGGCUACUUACGAAACCCUCUAA